GUUUCCCCUUUCUCUGAGAGGGCUAAACACCUAAAAUAUUUCUCUCAUUGACUAAAGAGUUAAGCCUAUACUAUCUACUUUGGAAACAAAUUUCAAAGGUAAGAAAAAGCCAUUGAAAGAGGAAGAAAGACACUACCACCUCAAAGAACCUAAAGAUCUAAAGGUAUCAGAAUUCCAAAAAAAAAGAAAUGGCUUCAUCAUCAUCAUCAAAUACAUACAACUCACCAUGCGCCGCGUGCAAGUUUCUUCGCCGCAAAUGCAUGCCGGGAUGCAUAUUCGCGCCAUAUUUCCCCCCUGAGGAGCCACACAAGUUCGCCAACGUCCACAAAAUCUUCGGAGCAAGCAACGUCACCAAGCUCCUCAACGAGCUCCUCCCUCACCAGCGUGAAGACGCAGUCAACUCCUUAGCCUAUGAGGCCGAGGCACGUGUCCGUGAUCCUGUCUAUGGCUGCGUUGGAGCCAUCUCUUAUCUCCAGAGGCAAGUCCAUAGGCUUCAGAAGGAGCUUGACGCCGCUAAUGCUGAUUUGGUUCACUAUGGUCUGUCCACGUCAACACCUAACCUCGUCGACUUGGUGUUUCAGCCUCAACCGCAGCCGUUGAAUCCGGUUUAUAGGCUUCCCGGAGUGAGUCCGGUGAUGAAUCAGCAGCCACGUGGUACCGGAGGGUCGUGUGGGUCUUUUCUUCCUUGGAACAAUGGUCAUGAUCAGGGAGGAGGUAACAUGUGAGAGAGUAUAUAUAAAUUGUGUGUUCUAUAUAUUCAUCUCUCUCUAUCUUUCUAUAUUUAUGUCAUUAUUAUGUGUGUGUGUGUGGUAAGAAUACAAUAUAAUAAGCUGGAAUUUUUUUCUAGCCAACUUUUAUAAAUGCAUGGACUGUUAUUUGUUUU